AAAAGAGAUAUUGAUUCUCGUUUUGUCAUUUCAAUUCAAGUCCAGCUUCACAUCCGCGUUUUCUUCUUCUUCUUCUUCUUCUUCUCUUUCUCUCGCUGUCGUUGCUUUCCCUUUUUAGGGUUUCAAAUCGCCGUUUCGCUUUAGCAAAAACCCAGGUACAUUAUGGCUAUGGAAGUUACCCAGGUGCUUUUGAAUGCACAAUCAAUAGAUGGAAAUGUGCGUAAACAUGCAGAAGAAAGCUUAAAACAGUUCCAGGAGCAAAAUCUUCCUAGUUUUUUGCUAUCACUCUCUGGUGAAUUAGCAAAUGAUGAGAAGCCUGUAGAUAGCCGCAAAUUAGCCGGUCUAAUACUUAAAAAUGCUUUGGAUGCCAAGGAACAACAUAGAAAGCUUGAGCUUGUCCAAAGAUGGUUGUCAUUGGAUAACAAUGUGAAAAGCCAAAUCAAGGCUUUUUUGUUGAAGACUCUUUCUUCUCCUAUAGCUGAUGCUAGGUCAACUGCAUCCCAAGUCAUUGCAAAGGUUGCAGGCAUUGAAUUACCUCAGAAGCAAUGGCCCGAGCUGAUAGGAUCACUCUUAUCAAAUAUUCAUCAGUUACCUGCUCAUGUCAAGCAAGCCACUUUAGAGACUCUUGGAUAUUUAUGCGAGGAAGUAUCACCUGAUGUUGUAGAUCAAGAUCAAGUGAAUAAAAUACUUACUGCAGUAGUUCAGGGUAUGAAUGCAUCUGAAGGCAACAAUGAUGUUAGGCUUGCUGCCACACGAGCACUGUACAAUGCACUUAGUUUUGCACAAGCAAAUUUUAGUAAUGAUAUGGAGCGUGAUUAUAUCAUGAGAGUUGUAUGUGAAGCAACUUUGUCUCCAGAAGUGAAGAUACGGCAGGCAGCUUUUGAGUGUUUGGUCUCUAUUUCAUCAACUUACUAUGAGAAAUUAGCUCCUUAUAUCCAGGACAUCUUUAGCAUCACAGCAAAGUCGGUGAGGGAAGAUGAGGAACCUGUAGCGCUUCAAGCAAUUGAGUUUUGGAGUUCAAUUUGUGAUGAGGAGAUAGACAUCUUGGAAGAAUAUGGAGGUGAUUUCACUGGGGACUCUGAGAUUCCUUGUUUUUAUUUUAUCAAGCAGGCACUCCCUGCUCUUGUUCCAAUGUUGUUGGAAACACUCCUUAAGCAAGAGGAGGACCAGGAUCAGGAUGAAGGGGCUUGGAAUAUUGCAAUGGCUGGGGGCACUUGUCUUGGUUUGGUUGCACGAACUGUGGGAGAUGAUAUCGUCCCACUUGUCAUGCCGUUUAUAGAAGAGAAUAUUACAAAACCAGAUUGGAGGCAAAGAGAGGCAGCAACUUAUGCCUUUGGCUCAAUCUUGGAGGGCCCUUCCCCUGAUAAGUUAACCCCUAUUGUUAAUGUUGCAUUGAACUUCAUGCUCAGUGCUUUAACAAAGGAUCCAAAUAACCAUGUCAAGGACACUACUGCAUGGACCCUUGGACGAAUCUUUGAAUUUCUUCAUGGUUCAACUUUGGAUGCACCAAUAAUUACUCAGGCAAAUUGCCAACAGAUCAUCACUGUACUGCUUCAGAGCAUGAAAGAUGCUCCAAAUGUAGCAGAGAAGGCAUGCGGUGCCCUUUAUUUCCUAGCCCAAGGUUAUGAAGAGGUGGGCCCAUCAUCUCCCCUGACUCCAUACUUCCAGGAAAUUGUACAGGCACUUCUUACUGUUACACAUAGAGAAGAUGCUGGGGAAUCACGAUUAAGGACUGCCGCUUAUGAAACAUUGAAUGAAGUUGUGAGGUGCUCAACUGAUGAAACAGCACCCAUGGUUUUGCAAUUAGUCCCUGUAAUUAUGAUGGAGCUUCAUAAGACUCUUGAGGGCCAGAAGCUUUCAUCUGAUGAGAGAGAGAAGCAAAGUGAAUUACAAGGCCUUCUUUGCGGAUGUUUACAGGUUAUCAUCCAGAAGCUAGGGUCUUCGGAACCAACUAAGUAUGUGUUCAUGCAGUAUGCAGAUCAGAUAAUGGGGCUCUUCCUGAGGGUUUUUGCUUGUAGAAGUGCUACUGUGCAUGAGGAAGCCAUGCUUGCCAUUGGAGCCCUUGCCUAUGCUACAGGCCCAGAUUUUGCAAAAUAUAUGCCAGAGUUUUAUAAAUAUUUAGAAAUGGGUCUUCAAAAUUUCGAGGAGUACCAAGUCUGUGCGGUCACAGUUGGUGUGGUUGGUGAUAUUUGCAGGGCAUUAGAGGACAAAAUAUUGCCUUUCUGUGAUGGGAUAAUGACACAGCUUCUGAAAGAUUUAUCAAGCAACCAGUUGCAUCGAUCUGUGAAGCCUCCUAUAUUCUCAUGCUUUGGUGACAUUGCACUGGCAAUAGGAGAGAAUUUUGAGAAGUACUUGAUGUAUGCCAUGCCCAUGCUCCAAAGUGCUGCAGAGUUGUCUGCCCAUACAGCAGGUGCUGAUGAUGAAAUGAUCGAGUACACAAAUUCACUUCGAAAUGGAAUUUUGGAGGCAUAUUCAGGGAUUCUUCAAGGGUUCAAGAACUCUCCUAAAACUCAGCUUUUGAUUCCUUACGCGCCACACAUUCUCCAAUUCUUGGAUAGCAUGUACAUGGAGAAGGAUAUGGAUGAUGUGGUGAUGAAAACUGCCAUUGGGGUCCUUGGGGAUUUAGCAGAUACACUGGGAAGUAAUGCCGGUUCUUUGAUACAGCAAUCUCUUUCUAGCAAAGACUUCUUAAAUGAAUGUUUAUCUUCUGAGGAUCAUAUGAUUAAGGAAUCUGCUGAGUGGGCCAAGUUGGCCAUCUGUCGUGCCAUUUCUGUAUGAAGUUAUUGCAAUCAUGCUCUUUCCUUUUACAAGUCCCUGCAUGCAUUUGGGUGUAUUGAGUCGGGGUCCGGGGUUGCAUUUGUGUCGGGUCAUCUGCCAUUUUCAGAUAACAAAGUUAUCAGUCUUCAGUUUGUCACUAACUCUUGCAUCAGCGCCAUGGGAUUGGGAAUUGGGUGGUGAUUACUUCAGCAGACUUGGGUGGAGGCGUGGGUGAAUGUCUGUUGAAAGCUCAAAAGAAUAUCAGUCAGUAUUGGUUCAAGCGAGGAAGAGAGAUAACUUUGUUUUGUACUGGUUGAGGCCUCGCAUCGCAUGUGUGGUGGUGAUGGUGGUGGUGGUGGUCCGGGCAGAAGUAUAUUUAUGCUGGAGUGGAUGACAGGCAAUGAUCGGUUGAUGUUUAGUGACACUUGAAGAUCAUGAACCAGGUGCCACAUUUCAGAAGACCCACAUUUCAUUCCUUAUUUUUUUGCCCCUUGUUCUUUCCUUUUUCUUUUCAUUUUUUCUUCAUUUCAUAUCUCAUCAUUUCAUCAUCAUGGUUGGGUUGUAUUUUAACAUCUGCACUUGUUUGGUAUACUUGGGUCGGGGGUCUUCGACAUAUUAUUGAGGGUCUUGCAUCCUGCAUUGCAUUUUUGAAUUGUUUUUAUAGGUCCGAAUCCGUAAUAUACUUUGCAUUCAUUCAAUCAUACCGGUCUCUUUUAUUUUUUUUUUUACCCAUCCUCUCUUGAGUAUAGCUUUCUCUUCUUUCAACAAUGUGUAAUAUUUUUGUCUCUGCUUGUAGAGAAGGAUCAUAUUAAAAGUGUCAUGAACUGUUUUGACAUUGUAAGAUUUGGAUGGAGAAUCAAACAGAUGAUGUGCGAGUCAGUGGAAUUGUAUUUUUUUGUCAUGUCUUUUGGAGCAAUAUGAAUGUUAAAAGAAUGAGAAUCCGAGUAAAAAGGAUUUAAUUAUUUUUAUUA